CACGUGGCCCGCCGUGUCAUGUGACAGGGAGGAAGUGAAAAUGGCGGCGACGGGACAGGAGGCAGCUGCUAUGGACAGUAUUUCUCGAGUGCCUCCAUCAGUGCUUCAGCUGAGGAACGACGCCGAUACGGGAGAACAUCCUGGGCACGAAGAGGCGAGUGGAAAUGUAGCGCCUGCGCCGAAAAGAUCCACCAACAACAAUGAUGGUGGAGUGGAAACAGCUGAAGAGGCUACAGAGCCGGCUGAGCCUGACAUCAACGAGCUCUGCAAAGAUAUGUUUGAAAAGAUGGCAGUUUUUCUACAAGGAGAACUGACAGCCACUUGUGAAGACUAUAAACUUCUGGAGAACAUGAACAAGCUCACCAGCCUGAAGUACAUGGAGAUGAAGGACAUUUCCAUCAACAUCAGCCGUAACUUGCAAGACCUCAACCAGAAGUAUGCGAGCUUGCAGCCAUACCUAGACCAGAUAAACCAGAUUGAGGAACAGGUCACAGCUCUGGAGCAGGCUGCGUAUAAACUGGACACGUACUCCAAAAAACUGGAGGCCAAGUUUAAGAAACUGGAGAAGCGCUGAGCCGUGUGUGUGUGGAAAGAUGGAGGCCCAGUUAACGCUUCGGUUCAGAUCGGCCCUGCUUGCUUCAGGAGGCUCCCUGGGAUCCUGCUGUGCUGCUGCUUCUAGUAUUAGUUGGUUUCCAAUAAGAUCCAGAAACACAUCGAAGCGAUUCUGUUGUUUGUUUCUUUUGAUGCACACAAUUUUAUGAUUAGGUCCUGAUUUUGCUUGUGGAAAAGACUCCAAGAAGCUUGUGCACUGGUCCACAGAGGCAUGGACGUUUAGCGUUUCAUGUGAGUCUGUGUAUCCCUGUCCAGUAAUCUUGCAGUGUGUUACACUGUGUUAGGGUCACGUGUGUGUGUGCAAGAACCUGACUGACCUGUGUGAUUACAAAUAAAAGCACGAUAAUAGACUGUAGUAGGUUAAAAAAACAACCUAAAAAUGUCCUUAGUGUCUGAUUUUCUAUUUAAUAUUGUACAAAGGUCCCUAAUUUCUGUAAAGUGCUACUACGGAUGAGUGUAAUUGCAAACAUUUCUGUAUAAU